CCAAGCUAGCCAGUCAACCAGAUAAAGAUAUUUUCUUCAAUGUUUCAGUCGACUUUUUCUUCUGUGUAAAGAUUUGUGAUUCAAAUGUAAACAUUCAUAAAAAGAUUGUAAACGAAAAAAAACAACAACAAAAUGGAAGAAGAUUUUGAAUUCGAAGACAAGCAAGAACUUGAAGAUGGAAUCGAUAAUGAAAAACAUUGGAAAAGUUUAGGUAUUGCAUCCGCUGUUAUAUCGGUCAUAUGUUUCAUAAUCAUAACGGCAAUAUUUAUUUUAACACCUUCACGAAAUUCAGGUCAAAGAACUGAACCAUACACUUUGACCGAAGUGUUGAGUAAAAAAAUUAUGCAAGCACAUCGUUUUAAUGGAACAUGGAUUUCAGCUCAUGAAUUCAUUUAUUCUUCGGAUGACAAAAACAUUAUGUUAUACGAUUGCCAAAAUGGACAAAGUCGACCAAUAACAACGAAACUUAAUACAACAAACGGUGAAAUUGUUCAUUUCGAAAUAUCAUCAUCAAGGCUUUAUAUGUUGAUUGUUACGAAAAAAUUUAAUUCAGCUAAACGAGAAAAUUUAGAAUGUGAUCCAUCAAUGGAUUAUUACAUCUAUCGUUUAGAUAAUGAAAACAUGAUCAAUCUUCAAGAGGAAUUCAUUUCAAAAUUGAAACUAUUACUGACACAGCAACAAAAAAAUAAUAGUAACAAUGGAAAAGAUUCAAAAAGAUUGUCAUCAAAUUCUGUAGAGGGAAAGCAUCAAAUUCCAUCACUAUCAUCAUCAUCAUCAUCAUGUAUAAUACAAAGUUCCCAAUGGAACCCAAUGGGGAAUAUUUUGCUCAUUAUGCAUGAUAAUGACAUCUAUUGGUUGAAUAUGGAAUCAUCUAUGGCGCCGUUACGACGUAUAACAAUGGAUGGUUCGAUUUCCGAUUCCAUUUAUAAUGGAUUCAAUGAUAAUAUUUAUCGAGAUUUUAUUUUUGAAAAACCAUCAUCAUUAUGGUGGUCACCAUCGGUUAACGGGUAUUAUCAUCUUAGCUAUUUACAGUUGAAUAAUAGUCAAGUACCGUUAUCGAAUAUAGUCAUUUAUGACGAUAAUGGCGGCUAUUCCACAAACAAUUACCGUUAUUCUACUAUUAACAGUUCGAUCGGUAUAGUAAAUCUUUGGAUUAUUCGUAUCAAUGCACAAACAAAUGAAUACGAAAAAGCUAUGCGGGUACAACCACCUUAUAAACUUGAACAGUGGCCACAUUAUGUCGUACACGUGAAUUGGCUUUCAAACGAUCAAUUGAUCGUAUUAUGGUCAUUACGUGAUCAAAAACGUACAAUUCUUGGUUCCUGUUUGGAACGAAACAAUUGGAAAUGUGAAGAGCUUGUCACAUUAAGAAAUUGGCUUCGAAUAAAUCAUGUGCCUAAUAGUAUAAUGCCUGCAUCAACCGAAUCUUCAUUAAACACUGAAUUCAGUAGUGAAUUAUUUUUCUGUGGGCAAACACCAGAAAAUGGAAUGAAAACAUUUUAUCAGCUUUAUUCAUUCAAUGUAAAAACAAAAGUGAUUAAUUCCUAUUUAAAUGUGGCUGAACGUUAUACUGAGCAACGACAGCAUUAUCAGAUAAUCGAAUUACUUGGUUAUAAUAAUCAUUCGAAAUCAGUGUUUUUUGUUGGACAAUCAUUGAAUCAAUCAUCAUACGGUGAUGAAGAAAAAGUAAUUUCCGAACAGGAUAUGCGCAUUAAUUUGUUUGUUUUCAACCUGGAACAUAAUCUUGUACAUUGCAUUACCUGUCAAUUGGUUAAAUGUUAUGAGGCUAAACAUCGAAAUAACCAAUCUGUUUGCAUUGAUUUGGCCAAUUCGGCUACAAUUAAUGAGAAUGAUGCGGAUGAAGAAUCAUGCAUUUUCCAACGUGUUUACUUUAGUCCAUCAUCUGAAUAUGCAAUUGUUACCUGUUUGGUGGGAAUCGUACCGAAAAUUUACCUUGUCAAAUUUGGUGAUCUUGAUCAACUGGAUCUUAUCGAAAAUAUUAUGUUAUUCGACGAUAAUUCCGAAUUAGAAACGCGUGUACAAUCAAAAAUUAUGCCCAAUAUUGAAAAUUUUAUUUUUACUCGUGAGAGUGAUAAUUUAAUCAAAUAUCUUCGAAUCAAAUUAUUAACACCAACCGAUUUUGAUCAUGAAGAAAUAGGCAAAUAUUCAUUGUUGCUUGAAAUGUAUCCAUCACGUUAUCGCUAUCAUUAUCUACCGAAAGCAACUAUCAAUAAUCAGGGUACAUUCUAUAAACGUAUCUAUCCGGAUCUAGAAUGGGCUGUACAUAUGGUCACUGAACAUGAUUUUAUUUAUGCAUGGCUUGAUGGACAAUUUUAUCAAGAUAGUAAUCAUUCAUUACACGAAUUAUCAUUUGAGGAAUUAUUAGAAGAUUAUUCAACCUUGAUCGAUUUUAUUGUCACAAAUAUGACAUUUGUCAAUAUUGCACAAACCUGUCUCAUUGGUAAUAAUAUUGGCGGUUAUUUUGUACUUAAUUCAUUAUCCACUUCAUCGAUCGAAUGUGGAAUCGCCAUUUCACCAUUUACCGAUUGGAACACAAUAAAUAGUUUUUUGGCCGAACAAUAUAUUGAUAUGGAAAAGGUACGAUCAAAUGAUUUACAAUAUUUGCUAAAAAUGACAUUAAAUUGGAAAAUGCUCGAAAACAAAAAUUUGCUCAUCAUACACGGAACUUCAAACGAGAUGUUUCCAAUCAGUCAAUCAAUGAGACUGAUAAAAAGUCUGACAUUGGAAGAACAAAAUCGUUAUAUCAAAUUUCAUCAAAAUCCAGCCAAUAAUGACAUGGAUGAAAUGAAUUGGACAAGUCAUCAUUUUAUGGAAUUAUAUGUCGAUCAUGGAAAUUCAUUCGACACUAUAAUCGAACACUUUUAUAGAAAGAUUGAAUUCUUUUUAUUUCAAUGGAUAAUCAUAUAAUUUGAUAAGAUAUCAAUUAAAAAAGUUACAAAUAUAGCAAAUUUAUGUUGAAU